AUGAGCUUUGCGCCUCCUAUCAACCACAAAGCUCCAAAAUCCAAAGUCAUCAAAGAAAAGCUAGUCAGCGACUCCAAGAGCCCAGCAGCAAAAUUACAAAUGCUGGAGCGCUCUGUUUCUGAGUAUAAAUUAUAAAGGUCAUCAACUGACAAGAAUGAGUUUCUAUCUCUUUUGCCACUCAUCCCCCAAAUUUCAAAGCUUCGUGAAGCAGAAGGAUGACUAUUAAAAUCAAUCGAAGACUACCAAAACCUCGAAAAAGAAGUAGAAGAACAAGCAAAUUUUCUGAAUAAAUUAGUAAAAAGUACCGAAACCAUUGAAAGUGAAGCAGUUAGCAUAUCUGCUGAAGACCAUACAAAAUUUGAAACAGAAAUUGAAGGAUUCAAAGACAAAAUGAUACUUUUACCUUUAGAAAGAAAUAUAGGCGUAAAGGUUAUAAAUAUUUAGAAACAACAAAUUGCAUUAAAAGAAGGAGUUAUUGAAACUCUAGCUCUGCUAACGACUGAGCUUGCAGCCUACAAAACUGAAAUAGCAGAACAAUAUAAAGCAUUUGAAGAACAAAUAGAGAUAAUUAUCCCUGAAUUAUUAUAUGAAGAAGCACUAAUACAGCUAGAAAAAGACGCUGACUGGAUAAAAGAAGAACUUUUUAAAGUAAUCGAGCACUCUGUAGAAGAGCUAAAUGCAGAGCUUGAAGUAAGUUUUAUUCAGAUUAAGCAAUUCCGGCUUCGCCAAAAAAUGCAGCAAGAAAUUUUAUCCCUGAAGUCCUUAAUGCAAUCUAUCAGGCUAGAAAUCAGAUUCCCUGACUAUUUGCUGCUAAAUGUAUAAAUAACAUAGGACGAUAUGCCAAUUGAAGAUAAAUAUGCUAAGCUUUCUGAAAGGACUAAUCAAGAUAUCAUGAACGUUUUAGGCUAUGUGAUCAGCGGAUUAGAAAUUCUAGAAGACAGCAUAAACUCAGCCGUUGAAUUCAAUGAGACUUUUCAAGAAAAAUUAAAAGAAGCCAUCACACAAAACGUCACUUUUGAUGAGGAAACUAAGAGCACGCUGAGAGAGGAAAUCGGAGAAGUACAAAAUAAUGUGGAAGAAGCAAAAAAUAGUCAUGAAACUCUAAAAAGCAAUAGUGCUAAAAAUUUUGGAAAAAUAAAAGAAUCUGUUGGAAUGAUUGAGACGUUGCAAAGACAGCUGAUGAGGUCAGGAAAUAGCAAAAGUGAAGACUUCAGAGGAAAAGCGAGCAUUGCGGAGAAUAAAGUUAAUGAAAAAAUGAAUGAGAUGGGAAAUGCUUUAAAGGUUAUAGAAGGCCAGCUAUUCGUAUCAAGACAAAUGCUAGAGACAAACUCAAUUCAGAAUUUCCAAGCUAACUUGUUAAGCGAUUCUAAUUCUUUUGUGGUGAGCUUUAAAGAGCCACCGCCUUUUAGGAAUGUGCAGCCUGGCACAACUCCAUUAGAUAGCCCGGAAGAGCCAGAGGAGCCAGAUGAUAGCUUUUUUUAA